ACCCAGAGGGCUAGUUCUAGAGUCGAGGUUGGUUGGUCGGGGAAUUGUGCUCCUUCCGCCUCGUUCCCAGCCACAAAGGAGACGGGCUACUUUGUUCCCUUGCGUGUCCCCCCCCCCAAACCCCUCACCACAUCCCCUUCCCGGGUUUGCAGGCGCGCGGCGGCGGCGGCGGCAGCGGCGGCGCUGGCAGGAUUACUUGAAAGCUCCGCUGCGGAAUCGCUCUCCCGCCCUGCCUGCCUGGCAUUUUGGGUGAGGGUUUGUUUUUCCUGGAGGUGAUUGAUUUAUUACAGCCCCCCCCCCUUUUUUUGGUUCUUCCUUUGCCGUUCUGCGAGGAGCAGCGGCGGGGUCUUGUCUACCUGCUGUAGAAGAGGAGGAAGGGGAGAACAGAGGGACGCCACCAGUUCAUACCGGGUCACUAUCCCGGCUCUCAGUCCGUACAAGGAAAUGACAAAAGUGUGCCAAGAUUCUUGAUUAGAGAAGUGGAAUUUGAGAAAAAGGAUCUAACUAGGCUCAUGUUUUCGCCUGAUCAAGAAAAUCAUCCAUCAAAAGCACCAGUGAAGUAUGGUGAACUGAUUGUGUUGGGAUAUAAUGGCUCCCUGCCAAAUGGAGAUAGAGGAAGAAGAAAAAGUAGGUUUGCUUUAUUUAAAAGACCUAAAGCAAAUGGGGUGAAACCUAGUACAGUGCAUAUUGCCUGUACACCUCAGGCAGCCAAGGCAAUAAGCAACAAGGACCAGCACAGCAUUUCUUAUACCUUGUCUCGAGUGCAAACAGUGGUGGUUGAGUAUACCCAUGACAGCAACACUGAUAUGUUUCAGAUUGGGAGAUCAACAGAAAGUCCUAUAGAUUUUGUAGUGACAGAUACUGUUCCUGGAAGCCAGAGCAACUCAGAGACUCAGUCUGUCCAAAGCACCAUCUCAAGGUUUGCCUGCAGGAUAAUAUGUGAACGAAAUCCACCUUUCACAGCAAGAAUAUAUGCUGCCGGCUUUGACUCCUCCAAAAAUAUCUUCUUAGGGGAAAAAGCUGCCAAGUGGAAAACACCUGAUGGACAAAUGGAUGGAUUAACCACAAAUGGAGUCCUUGUCAUGCAUCCACGGAAUGGGUUCACCGAAGACUCAAAGCCAGGGGUAUGGAGAGAGAUAUCUGUAUGUGGGAAUGUGUUCAGUCUUCGCGAAACAAGAUCUGCUCAGCAAAGGGGCAAAAUGGUUGAAAAUGAAACCAACCAACUCCAGGAUGGUUCACUGAUUGAUCUCUGUGGAGCCACACUUUUGUGGCGUACAGCAGAAGGACUUUCACGCACUCCAACAGUGAAGCACCUGGAAGCUCUCAGGCAGGAAAUCAAUGCAGCCCGGCCUCAGUGCCCUGUGGGCUUUAACACAUUAGCCUUUCCCAGCAUGAAGAGGAAAGAUGUUGUCGAUGAAAAGCAACCGUGGGUUUAUCUGAACUGUGGCCAUGUGCAUGGAUAUCAUAACUGGGGGAAUAAAGAAGAGAGAGAUGGCAAGGAUCGGGAAUGUCCAAUGUGCCGGUCUGUUGGUCCGUAUGUGCCUCUAUGGCUUGGAUGUGAAGCUGGAUUUUAUGUGGAUGCAGGGCCUCCAACUCAUGCAUUCAGCCCAUGUGGACAUGUGUGCUCAGAAAAGACAACAGCCUACUGGUCUCAAAUCCCUCUUCCUCAUGGUACCCACACUUUUCAUGCAGCAUGUCCGUUCUGUGCACAUCAGCUUUCUGGUGAACAAGGCUACAUAAGACUUAUUUUCCAAGGACCUCUUGAUUAAUGUUCACAUGUUAUUCAAGGACUGCAUCUAAAUGCAUAAGCUAAGGAAUUCUGAUUUCAAAUGAACUGUUGUCUUAAAAUCAACUAUAUUUCUUCUCUGGGCUUUGACAGUUUACUUUGAGAUGAAGAAUAAGUUUAUUAAUAUUAUUAUUAUUUCAGUGGUUAAGUUCCCCUGUAGAUAAUGAAAGAAGUUGCUAUGUAGAAAAGACUGGUGAUGGGUAAGUAGGAUAGAUGGAAGGUAGUUCCAGACUCAUAUUUUUUUUUCUUUUUUUCUUUUUUUGAGAUGGAAUUGAUAAAAUUAUUUGCCUUCAUUGUAAUGUUUUGAAUAACAUGCCUUUAAUAUCUAAAGGAUAUCUUUUUUUUUGUAAGUACAUAUCUGAGGGUAAAAGUGAUCAGAUCCGAAGGACAUAUGUUUACAGCUUGGAUGCAAACAUGUAAAAUAGAGCAAUCUGUAUAUUAACUCCUUUUUCUAUUUAUCUUUACUAUGAGUAAUUAAUCCUAGAUGAUUUGGAUAGAGUAGCAGGGUAGUGUUGUUACAUCCAUUGAUGGGAUGUGUAGAUUAGUUCUUGAUGAGAAAAGUUAGAAGGGGAAAUGGUAAAGGAGCUUUAUUUUGUAAAAGUCUAGAACACUAUUGAGUUGAUGGCUAGCAGGAAGUUAUAGAACCCAAUCAAAGCAUAUUGCUUUUAUAUGCUUUUUAAAAAUCCCUAAUUGUACGUCAGAUAAUACAGAUAAACACUUUGGUGUUUCUUUUUCUCCGUCUGAUGGAAAUAUAAUACCUGGUCACAUAACAUUUACCUGAUACUUGGAAUAUGCAAUUUACCCUCAAUGACGUUAUUUUCUUCCUCUGUGUUAAAUAUUCUGUGUUUGUUUUGCUUUUAGUUUUUGUUUUGCCUUUUUUUCAACUCAGAAGGGUUUAUGUUUAUUUAAAUAAUAAAAAAAUAACUAAGGCAUCUGAGAUUGGUUUUUUUUUUUCUGCAAUAUUAGGAAAAAGGAUAUAUGUAGUCAGCUUCUACACAUUAUAUCGGCAGCUGACCAAUAUAAUAUAUUUUUGAUGAUAUAUUGCAAACUUCCUAAAGUCUUGGGAUUAGAAUGAUAAUAAAAUAUAAAUUGAUAUAACGGUAGGCACAGAUUAGAAUAGACUUAACAGACAAAAAUAGAUGUUUUCAUUGCAAACAUUAUUGAAUUUUACGUUUUUAUAUACAUUGGCAGUUCUGAGAGACUUUUCUAGCAUUAUUUAUAGAACAAAAGAAUAAGACAUUGGGAUGAUAACAGUCUUCAUUUUCUUCCAAAUGUAACAGUGAAACACAAAGAUAUACAGAAAUACAGAGGUAGGU